UAUAGUGCAUGCUGGUUACACAGUGCUCAGCUCUGAGGUGUAAUACAGUAGGUGACCACACGAGGGCGCUGUGAGUUCAGCUCUACUCUAAAACGCGCUCACUCUCACUCGGCCUUCUGUAAACAGAUAGAGUUCACCUCCAGCACUGUCCUGCUAGUUUAACGUUUACAGAUUAUUUAUAACCGGAUACCAUGUUACAAAUGAAAAACCGCUUAAAAUAUUGUUCGCUCGCCCUCGCCGCCAGCCGGCUGCUGUCAGGAGCAGUGAGCAAUCCGCUGGUCUUCCUGGACAUUGCGGCUGACGGCGAGUUUAUCGGCAGAAUUAUAAUCCAACUGAAUGCAGAUGUGGUUCCUAAAACAGCAGAGAACUUCAGAGCGCUGUGUACAGGAGAGCAUGGGUUUGGAUAUAAGGGAUCCAUUUUCCAUAGAAUCAUUCCUGAGUUCAUGUGUCAGGGUGGAGAUUUCACAAAUCACAAUGGCACCGGUGGAAAAUCAAUUUACGGAAAGAAAUUCAAAGAUGAGAAUUUCAAGUUGAAACACACUGGACCAGGUGUGCUGUCAAUGGCGAACUCUGGGCCGAACACCAACGGAUCUCAGUUCUUCAUCUGCACUGCCAAAACAGAAUGGCUUGAUGGCAAACAUGUCGUGUUCGGUCAGGUGAAAGAGGGCAUGGAGACUGUCAGGGUAAUGGAGUCAUAUGGUUUGCAUGAUGGAGGAACACUUAAGAAGAUUGUCAUCACAGACUGUGGGGAACUUAAAUAAUACAGGUCUCUGCACUGUACAGAGCUGACAACUGACUGUUCUCAUGUAAAUGAUUAAUCUCCAGCCAAAAUGUAAAUGAUUGAAUUCAGAGCCAAUCCUGCAUUUGGAUGUAAUUCUUUAUGAUUAAAGGGAUGUAAUGUUUUAUAUCUUUUUGAUUCAAAUAAAUAUGACCCACUUUUAUGUGUGGGGAAGUUGGUUUCGGUGCUUUAUGCUUGCUAAGUAAGCACUUUUGCACUGCAUGCUAAAUCUUAACAAGUAAAAUCAAUCAUAAAAGUUCUAUAUACACAUUUUUGUUUGGGAGAAGUGCAUGUAGUUUGUAUAACUCCACAGAAUAAACUAAACUGUAUACGAAA